UCAGAGAAGGGUGCAGGACCCAGAUCUUUCACGCAAUACAGGGAAAUAUUCGACACAUGUGGUCCUCCCCUCAAAUGUGUGCAGAAUAACUGAAGACGGUAAAAGUCGGGCACAUCACUCCCUGUUGAGGACUUCAACCCAUGAUGGCAGCCCCAUACCAUGGUGUGAGUUCCAGCCGUGGCCACCCAAAGACAAGCUAUGGGCCCGGAAGCCAACUGAGAAUUACCUUAGUGGGUAAAACUGGAGCAGGAAAAAGUGCAACAGGGAACAGCAUCCUCGGAGAGAAGGUGUUUGAUUCUCGCAUGGCACCAAAAUCCAUUACGAAGACCUGUAAGAAAGGGAGCAGGAUGUGGGAGCAAACAGAACUUGUCGUGGUUGACACACCUGGCAUUUUCGACACCGAGGUGCCAGAUGAUGACACAUGCAAGGAGAUUGCUCACUGCAUGGUUCUGACCUCCCCGGGGCCUCAUGCUCUGCUCCUGGUAGUUCCACUGGGCCGUUACACUGAGGAAGAGCGUGAGGCCACAGAGAAGAUCCUGAAGAUGUUUGGGGACAGGGCUAGAAAAUUCAUGAUUCUCUUAUUCACCCGGAAAGAUGACUUGGAGGGUACCAGUUUCUGUGAUUACCUAAGGGACGCUCCAGAGCACAUUCAAGAGUUGAUGGCCAAGUUUGGUGAUCGCUACUGUGUGUUCAACAAUAGAGCAACGGGUGCUGAGCAGGAGGCCCAGAGGAAGGAGUUGCUGACCCUGGUCGAGCGCAUCGUGAGGGAGAAUGAGGGAGGAUUCUACACUAAUAAGGGGUACGAAAGGGCUGAGCAGGAGAUUCAGAAACAAAUCCAGGUGCUGCAACAACAUUACAGAGAAGAGUUGGAGAAGGAGAAAGCCCGUAUCAGAGAGGAAUAUGAAGAAAAGAUCAGAAACCUGGAAGAUAAACUGGAGCAGGAGAAAAGAAGGGCACAAAUGGAGAGGGAAUUAGCAGAAAAUGAAGCUCUCUAUGUUGUAAAGCAGCAAGGUGCUAGAAGGGAGGUUGAAAGUCAGAGUCAGAUAGUUGAAAUAAUCUUGAAAGCGUUGGAGAUUGCUUACUCUGUUUACACACGCUGGUUUAAGGAAGAUCAAAUUUAACGAGAAUUUAUACUUUCUGCGUGUUCUCUGAAAACCUUCUCCCAUUCUACUGGUUUAUCAAAGUCAGGGUGCUCUGUCUUUCUGUCACCAGGACUAAGAAAUGUAAGAAAUUUCACCACUGGAAAUUGGUUGACAUUUGAUUGACUUGACCAUUUCUCAACCUGCAAAGUACUACGUGUUGGUGCUCGCUACCUUCUGAUUUCUAACUCAGACUCACAGAGAAAAGGAAGGCAAGAGACCAAAGAUGACCACAUGCUGCAGCCUUUUUUCCUUAGCUAACGUUUCUCUUCUAGAUUCUGUCUAGUUUGGCAGAUUGUCUCUCCUUGUAGCUUCUACUCAUAUUUGCCUUCAGGACCCUAUUAUUACGAGGAUCAAUUCUUUGCUUUAGGUAAACCUAAGAGUGGAAAUGGUUGUAAGAUUAUUUCUAGAUAAAUGUCCAUUUGUUUAAUUACAUUGUCACAUAAGGACUCAAGUUGUUCCUUGCUAUCUGCUCACUGACGAACAAAGACUUGUCUGGAAAACAGACCUCUGCAAACUCAACUUAGUAGGGAUCCCCAAAUACCAGAAAGGGUGAAAGGGCAAUUCAACAAAUAACAGGACAAUGUUUGGUGUAUUCGGGUGUAUCUGCAGAAACUCUUUGACCAACCUCAAUUUAACCGAUUUGAUAAGUGACUAGUUCUUUCCUUUUCUUGAUAGACAAACCUCUGGUUGUGACCCCACCUCCCUCACCUUGAGCACUGAUUGCCUGGCAGCUCAUCUGCACACUUCUGCCUCACCCAGCUGAGUGUUUGCUUAUUGUUAUUAUAAUAAAACUUUUCAGUUUUCUCGUA